AUCUGCGGCAACGGUAUAAUUGUAAAUUCGCCUUGACGUUUCGUUUUGAUGACGAACGGAUUUUUUCUGGAAGCAGGAAAAACUGAUGGAUAAGUGAUUUUUUGAUCCUUUGUGCAAUUUGCAGUUAAAUAAUUUUCUAAGUAUUCAUUUAUUGUGAUUUUUUUUUCAAAUUUUAUUAUUGCUAAAGUUUUUUAUGAGUUUAUUUGUAUUGAAUAAUACGUGACUAGUCUAAAUUACAUUUUGAAUUGGUUACCAUCGUUCUACAUAAUAUAUUACGAUUGUUUAAGUAUCUAGCAAAAGCUCAUAGUAACAGCCAUGACUGAGCCGUCAUAUAUGGAUACUCAAGUAACGCAUGUUAUGAACAAACUCGAAAACAAUGACUCUGAAUUUACGAAAAACGUUCCAGAGAUUCAUAUUGUAGAAGAGACUACGGAUGAAGUGCUGAAAGAAUCCGUGGAAGUAGCAGAGGAUACUGAAAAUAUUACUCAUACUCCUGUAAGGAAAACCUUUGAAAUCCCACCACCACCACCGCCAACACCAGUUCAAGAGAAGAUCUCCACAAAAUAUGCUGAAGAUGUAAAACACAAUUCCGUAUUGCAAUUUAAAAUUAUGCAAGAUGCAAAAGUUGCAAUAAAAAUAUUGGAAGAAGAUUGCGGAGAAGUAAGGGAAGCGAACGAAAUUUGCGUAGUAGAGAAAUUCUCUAGUGAUGGCAGUAACGAUGAUAUGUUGGCAGUGGGAAAUACAAAAGAACUAGUAAUUGAUCAUGAAGAUGAUCGAACGGUUUCUUCUAAGAUGCAACCGCUAGAAAAGGCCAACGAGGCAAUGCCUCAUUCAAGUAUUUUAAAAGUAUUAGCGGAAGCAGCUCCUUUGCCGAAUGAUGAUGAAACCCUCAAAAUUCCAAUGAUUCAAAGUGAAUCAACGACUGCAACAGAAGCGCCACCACCGACCCUUGCUGUAGUUGAGUAUCGAUCGGCAUUUGAAAUGUGCGCCAAAGAACUUACCGUUACCGAAGCACGUUCUGCAAGAGUCCAACGUCUAGUUGAUAAAUGUAUAAAACCUAAUUCACCUGUUUAUGCUACCGCAAUACCCUUGCCACCACCUACAAUUUCGAAAGAGCAUUCAAUUUCAACAGUAAAUGUGACAUUGCCUAAUGAUAUUUGCGCUGGAAGUAAAUCAAAGCGAUUUUUCAAGUCUGACACACAUAACUACAAUCAUCAUCAGCACGAUGAUGAAGGAAUCCCAUUGCACAUGGUACAAGCAUGUUCCUCCACACCUUACAACCAACAGACCUUGUCUUGUUCGGUAGUCAGUUGUGAUUUAGCACUCAUUAGCGAACAGGUUAGUCCUUUGAGUGAAACUGACGAUGAGAAAGAGCCAUUAAUAAUGAAACAAAGACAACUAACUCCACAACCACAACGUAAACCCAAAAUGCUUUCGAUUUCUAAAUCAGCACCCAUAAUUAGUCAACGUACGGAUGAUUCAAAUCUCUGCAAAUCAAAGUCGUUGGAAAAAUCAAAUUGUCCUCUACACUAUAGUCGAGCAAAUUUGCUUCAUAUACGCAAUGAUUUAUCAAACAUAUUACACUCUCACAAUAAGCAUCCUUCAAUAAAACACAGUGUGCCAAAUAUUGUGGAUUGCGAUGUUAUCGAAUUAGAGGCGCGUCUACGUAGACUCAAUAUUUGGAAGUCUAUGAAUCACGAGGAAAAUACGAGUGGCCGAAAACAACAAUGGGCGCGUGGUAAUGACAUGAUGCCCGCAUUUUUCAAAAAUAAAAACAUUUUGGAUGAAUCGAUUAUUAAAAGUCAACCACCACAGCCAGAACUUAAGGAUUCUGCUAUAAUUACAAAUCAACGUCGUAUUGGCAGUGGAAGAUUACCCAAAGUUAAAUGGGCAAAUUCUGUUGCCUCCGACAAUCCUCAGUCCUACGAAAAAGACGCCAACAAUAAUAAGCAAUCUAACAAUGAUAUUUCAAGUAAGCUUAGGCUCCUUAAGCUCUUUGAGACAAGUAAGGUUGAUAAUAUACGCCAUGAUAAACCUGCAAUUCGGCCGGCAUUAACUGCACUAACAGGUCAUAACAAGAAUACGGAUCGUGCAGCCACGUCGUCGGCCAAUACCAAUGGCAAUGCCAAUUAUGUAAAGCGUUUAACAUCAGGUUAUUUGGUUGUUAAAAAUUCUAAAGAUCGCGUCAGAGAGGACAACGAACACCAUCGUUACAAAAAUGAGGAACCUGAAUGGUUUAGUUGUGGACCUACUUCGCGUUUAGAUACCAUUGAAUUAUGCGGUUUUGAUGAUGAUGAGGAACAGUUGGGCAAUAAAACAGACCAUAGCGACGAUGAGCUUUUGAAUGAGAAUGAUGAAGCCAAAGAGAAUCGUAACGAAAAUGCAAAUAUGGGUAUAAAGAACAAGAACAAGAGUGAAUCGAACGGUGUUAAAGGCAAUUCGCUAGACGGUGUUGAUGCGCAAGAAGAACGAAAAUCAAUUUCCUUUCAGUAUGAUCAGUUCUCAGCAGGUUCAAACAAAUCAAUACAACAACAACAACAACAGCUGCAGCAACGUCAAUACGGUGGCGGUAGUGAGAGUAAUGGGCAUAAUUCAAGUGGUCGCUCAAGAUUUAUACCAUUUUUUGCGCCAGGUGACAAAAAGUCGCACGAGCGUAUUGAAAGAAAUGGGUCAUCAACAUCGUUGAAUGAGUUUUUCAAGCACGCCUUGAAUGUACAGCAAUCAACCGAUCAGCACCAGCAGCAACAACAACAACAAAAACAGAAACAACAGCAAAAGGCAGCAUUAAAUACAAAUGUCAAUUUGGGCGAUAUCCCACUGGUGGAUGAGUUGGAGGCGAAAUGGCGCCGUAAUUCCUUGACAGAACGCCCUCAAAAUAACAGCAAUAUUCACGUGGAAAAUAAAAACUAUAAAUACAAAAAUUUCAGUCACAAACACAACCAAGAUAAUACGCAGGACGCAAAUAAUAAUAUAUUAUUACAAAAUUCUGAAAAUUUCAAACAAUUGCUAGGUAAAUUGCAAAGCAAUAAUAAUAAUAAUAACAAUAAAAAUGUGCAAAACAAACAAUCAACAACAAACACAAUGAAGUUGAAUGGCAAGGGGGAUGGACAAAAUUCAGCAAUCAACCAACAACAAACGCAAAAUCAAUUUUGUAAUGAGAAUAUUUCUAAUUUUAUAUUUAAACAGCAGCAAUAUCAACAACAACAACUUUUGCUAGCAAAUUUACACAUGAAAGCUACCUUAAGCCGUCCCGAAGCUCAAUAUCUUUUACUGGGCUUAGCUAAAGGCGAAAUCUCCAAGCACGGCCUACUUGUUCAGCUUUCUAAUCCUCGUUUGCCUCAGCGUGAUCGCGAAGCCAUUACUGCAGUACUCACAUUCACCUCGACACAGCAGACACAUGGAUUGCAAACGCAAUUUCUGCAUACUCAGAAUCAGCAGCAGCCAACAUUUAACAAUUCCCAAAUUCAUCCAUUUGAUUCGUUUUCCAAUAGCAUGAUGCUAAGUCAGUUGCAAAAUUUGCAAAAUUUGGCAAUAGUGCAGCAAACCUUGGCGGCACAACAACAGCAGCAGCAGCAGCAGCAGCAGCAGCAGCAGCAACAACAACAACAACAUAACAAUAAUAAUCAACGUAACCCAUUUGCAUUGCAACCGAUGACCACGGAAGAACUACAAAAUCACACCAAAUUAAUAAUGCAAAACGCAUUGGCAAAGCGAAAAUUUGAGGAGCAACAAUCGAAUAUAUUAGGAAUGCAAAAGAUAUUGCAAUUGAAUGCAGUAGCUACGGCGGCUGCUGCUGCAGCUGCAGCUACAGUAAAUAAGCAGCAACAGCAUCAGCAGCAGCACUCACAGCUACCAAAUCAAAAUAUGCGUAUGCCGAGCGGUACAGCAGCAGCAGCUACCGCCAAUAACGGUAGUAGUCAUGCCAAUCGUACAAGUGUCGGUAGUGGCAAUCGCAGACUGCAAGCAUUGCAAAAUCUUUUCAACGAUUCGAAUGGCAUGGUCGACGCUGUGGAUGUUGUGUCAUCUAAAAAUGCCUUCACUAAUGGUUUCCAUCCAUCCAAAUCACAAUCAUAUCAUAAUGGCGCUGGCGUCUAUCGCAGUACGAGCUAUGGUAAUGCCAAUAGCAUGCAGGCGAUUUCACGACGACGUUCCUUUCCGAGCAAAUUUACGAAUGGUGGAAAUAAUGUGCAAUCAAGUUCCAUGAAAUCGAAUAAUUCAGACAUUGAUUUCCAACAACAACAACAACAAUCUUCAUCAUCAUUAGAUGCGAAUGACAAUCACACAGGAAAUCACGGUCAAUAUAUUAAUUACAAUAAUAAUAAAAAUCAUUCAAACAAUAAUAGUCGAGUGGGAUUGGAGAGUGCUUUUGGCGCACAUCAGCCUCAGCAGCAACAGCAACAACAACAACCAACGGUGCUUUCGACUGGUGGUGAUGAGUUUCACUAAACUUUAUGUCGCGUUGAAAAAUUCACCAGUUGGUAUUAUGGCUGCGGGUAUAUUCUCGACGUUUGCCAUAAUUGGCACAUAUCGUUUCGUCAUUAAACCGAGACUGGAUCGUCGACGUCGUGAAGAAGCCGAGGCAUAUGCCGAUUAUAUAUUUCAACAAGAGCGAUCAAACGCAACAGCUUUCAAACAAUAACUCAAACUAAAAACUAACAAAAAAAAUCACAAAAUAUUCACAAUAGUAUAAUUUUAGUAAUUGUAAGUAAGGCAUAUAAACAAUUU